AUGAAGAAGGUUCUGGAGAAGGUGGAGACGCGGAUCAAAACAGCGCAGAAGAAGCUCGAGCGUAUCAGGAUUGCUCAGAAGGAGUUGCGAGAAAGAGAGACCAGCACUGCCUUGGUCAGUGACGUGGCCGAGAAAAUGGAGACCGUGGCAAAGGCGAUUAAGGAGGCAAAAGGUGUGGUGGACGCAGCGCAGGGCGAAGAGGAGGAGGCCUUAAAGGCUGCGAGCAGAGCAGCGUCACUUGCGAAGGUCGCCAUCUCUAUGAAGCUGCUGGAGGUAAAGCGCUUCACUGCUGAGGCGGGGAUCCAGGCGCAGCGAAGCCUGCAGGAACAUCAGCAGUCACUGCAAGGCUCCUUGGCGGAGAUUGAUGUUCUGAAGAAAAAGGCGGCAGAGCAGAAAGAGGUGUCAAAGCGCAGAGAGGCCAGCCGCAAGGUCGAAGAAGCUGAGGCUCUUGCAGAGAAGGCAGAGCAAACAUCGGCAGCCAUCUUCGAUGAUGAGAAGCUGGCCUCUAUGUCAAUGAUUGAUAUCCGCCAAGCCGGAGAUUUGAAUCAGCGCGCGUACAAGGAGACUAUCGACGCUGUCAACCAGGCUCAGCGGAUGAUCACGAUGCUUCAGAUAGAGGCCAAGAACAAGGAGAAUGCUACUGAACUUGCUGCGGAUUAUGCAAAGCUGCAGGCACGGCUUCGCCAGGCAGAAGCCAACGUGUCGCACUGCGCAUCUCUACCAGAACCCGUGCAGAAGCAGUUGGUCCUGAAAGGGUUCAUCGAUGAGGUGGAGUCAAAGGUAAAGGCUGCAGAGGGCAAGGUGGACGUGGCGGAGCAAGCGGCCAAGGAGGCAGAAGAGAACCCACUGCCCGAGCAGGCCAGGAUUCGGGCUACCUAUAUUGGGAUAAUGGAAAAGAAAAUGGAAACUACUAUAGUAUAUUAG